AUGGAGAUCGAGAGGGAGGCGCCCGGCAGCGAGAGGGGGAGGAGCUGGCGGGCCAGCGCCGCGCAAGAUGCGCAGGAUGGCAAGAAGUUUGAAGACGGUGAUGAGACGCUCGUCAAGGAGCCGGCAUGGAAGCGAUUCCUCUCCCAUGUUGGGCCCGGGUUCAUGGUGUCCCUGGCCUAUCUGGAUCCCGGCAACUUGGAAACGGACCUGCAAGCCGGCGCCAACCACAGAUAUGAGCUCCUCUGGGUGAUUCUGAUUGGCCUCGUCUUCGCACUGAUCAUACAGUCACUAGCAGCUAACCUUGGCGUGGUUACAGGAAAGCAUCUCGCCGAGAUAUGCAAGAGCGAGUAUCCGAAGCCGGUGAUGAUCUGCCUCUGGCUUCUUGCGGAGGUGGCGGUGAUCGCCGCCGAUAUCCCGGAAGUGAUUGGGACGGCCUUCGCUUUCUACCUCUUGUUCCGCAUCCCUGUGUGGAUCGGGGUUCUCAUCACCGGCUCCAGCACGCUCCUCCUCCUUGGCCUACAAAGAUACGGUGUGCGCAAGCUCGAGUUUCUGAUCUCCAUGCUGGUUUUCGUCAUGGCGGCGUGCUUCUUCGGAGAGCUGAGCAUAGUGAAGCCUCCGGCGAAGGAGGUCCUCAAGGGGCUGUUCAUUCCCAAGCUCAAGGGGAACGGUGCCACCGGCGACGCCAUCGCCCUCCUUGGAGCACUAGUCAUGCCUCACAACUUGUUCUUGCAUUCGGCGUUGGUGCUGUCCAGGAAGACGCCGUCAUCAGUAAGAGGAAUCAAGGAUGCUUGCAGGUUCUUCCUGUACGAGAGCGGCUUCGCGCUGUUCGUGGCGCUGCUUAUCAACAUAGCCGUCAUCUCCGUGUCCGGGACCGUCUGCUUCGGGGAGAACCUCUCGGCGGAGGACAUCGACAAAUGCAGUGACCUCAGUCUGGACAACUCCUCAUUUCUGCUCAAGAACGUCCUGGGCAGGUCCAGCUCGAUCGUGUACGGUGUGGCGCUGUUAGCCUCAGGGCAAAGCUCGACCAUUACCGGCACAUAUGCCGGCCAGUACAUCAUGCAGGGGUUCUUGGACAUCAAGAUGAAGACGUGGCUGAGGAACCUGAUGACACGCUGCAUCGCCAUUGCACCCAGCCUAGUCGUCUCCAUCAUCGGCGGGUCGAAUGGCGCCGGCCGUCUCAUCAUCAUCGCCUCGAUGAUACUGUCGUUUGAGCUGCCGUUUGCACUCAUCCCGCUUCUCAAGUUCAGCAGCAGCAGCAGCAAGAUGGGCCCGCACAAGAACUCCAUCUACGUCAUUGUGUUCUCGUGGACUCUUGGGCUGAUGCUCAUCGGCAUCAACGUCUAUUUCCUCAGCACCAGCUUCAUGGGGUGGCUCAUCAACAGUUCGCUGCCCACCUACGCCAAGGUGCUCGUCGGAAUUGUCGUCUGCCCGCUGAUGCUCGUCUACCUCGUCGCCGUCGUCUACCUCACCUUCAGGAAGGACACCGUCGUCACCUUCGUCGCCGACUCGUGCAAGGCCGACGCCGAGAAGGCGGCGGGCGGCAGCGGGGAGGACGACGACGAGCCCGUGCCCUACCGUGAGGACCUGGCAGACAUACCGCUCCCAGCCCACAGCAGAGUGAAAACUCGGCCAAUGGGGUAG